GAGAAAGCAGUGCGUAUCGGGUUAGGUUGUUAGAAAGUUAAUGGCUGGGGGAAAGAGAUCCUCCUCAACCCUCGCUUCGGGAGAGUUUCUGGAUUCCCUGAAGUAAAAUCACGCAAAUAACCUAAAACAAAGAGCCUGGGCGGACGUUUAAGUCAACAACUAGCGCGUAAACCCAGUAUCGUGAACAUAAGUAUGCAGGAUGCAGUAGCCGGGACGGCAAUGCUGACGGACGGCUUCGAGGACGAGAUUGACUCGGUGACUCCUCGCUCCCCAGUGGCAGGGAUGGGGGUAGGAGCGACACCAGGAGGAGUCGGACUGGGGGGCAUUGGGAUUGGUGUAGGCGGAAAGAAAGUACGUUUGUACGGUGAGCCAAGCGGGCCUGCUGCAGAAAGACUGGAUUUUAAACUAGCGGCCGCGGCCGUACUCUCAUCUGGUCCUGGAUCCGGCAGCGACGAAGACGAGGUUUCAGAGGUGGAGUCCUUCAUUCUUGAUCAGGAGGACUUGGAUAACCCCAUCAUGAAGACGGCGUCAGAGUUGCUCUUGUCCAGUGCCACAGACGGAGUUGAUUUGAGAACUGUUGACCCAGAGACACAGGCGCGGCUCGAAGCUCUAUUAGAAGCUGCAGGCAUCGGUAAACUGUCCACUGCCGAUGGUAAAGCUUUUGCAGACCCUGAAGUGCUACGGCGGCUGACGUCAUCCGUGAGUUGUGCCCUGGACGAAGCGGCAGCAGCCCUGACGCGGAUGAGGGCGGAAAACACGCUCAACGCAGGCCAAGCAGACAAUCUGGUUAUUUUCAGCCGUAGUUUAGCAGAGGCGUGCUCCGAUGGGGAUGUCAACGCAGUCCGCAAACUGUUGGACGAGGGACGGAGCGUCAAUGAACACACAGAAGAAGGAGAGAGCUUGUUGUGUCUUGCCUGCUCGGCUGGCUAUUAUGAACUUGCACAGGUGUUAUUGGCCAUGCAUGCCAAUGUAGAGGACAGAGGCAUCAAAGGGGAUAUAACGCCACUAAUGGCUGCAGCCAGUGGAGGUUAUGUAGAUAUCGUCAAACUCCUUUUGGUCCAUGGAGCAGAUGUAAACGCACAGUCCUCUACAGGAAACACGGCUCUAACGUACGCAUGUGCAGGUGGCUUUGUAGAUGUGGUAAAAGUGCUACUCAAAGAGGGUGCUAACAUCGAGGACCACAAUGAGAACGGGCACACGCCCCUCAUGGAAGCCGCGAGCGCGGGUCAUGUGGAGGUUGCCAGAUUGCUCUUGGAGUAUGGCGCUGGAAUCAACACACACUCCAAUGAGUUCAAAGAAAGUGCUCUCACGCUCGCCUGCUACAAAGGUCACUUAGACAUGGUGCGUUUUCUGUUGGAGGCUGGAGCAGAUCAGGAACACAAGACUGAUGAGAUGCACACAGCUCUGAUGGAAGCUUGCAUGGAUGGCCAUGUGGAGGUAGCGCGGCUCUUGCUGGACAGCGGGGCUCAGGUGAACAUGCCUGCGGAUUCCUUUGAGUCGCCCCUCACCCUGGCAGCCUGUGGGGGACAUGUGGAGCUGGCAGCCUUGCUCAUUGAGAGAGGAGCCAACCUGGAGGAGGUUAAUGAUGAGGGAUACACACCUCUUAUGGAGGCAGCUCGAGAAGGUCACGAGGAGAUGGUAGCUCUGUUACUAGCUCAAGGUGCAAACAUCAACGCACAGACGGAAGAAACCCAGGAAACAGCCCUAACUUUAGCAUGCUGUGGAGGUUUCUUAGAAGUUGCAGACUUUCUCAUUAAGGCCGGAGCUGAUAUCGAGUUAGGUUGUUCUACUCCUCUCAUGGAAGCUGCCCAGGAAGGCCACCUAGAGUUGGUGAAGUACCUACUAAAUGCAGGAGCAAAUGUUCACGCGACAACAGCCACUGGUGACACAGCAUUAACUUAUGCCUGUGAGAAUGGACACACAGACGUCGCAGAUGUGCUUCUGCAGGCUGGAGCCAACCUGGAACAUGAGUCUGAAGGGGGGAGAACUCCUUUGAUGAAGGCAGCAAGGGCAGGCCAUCUCUGCACGGUGCAGUUCCUGAUCAGUAAAGGCGCUAAUGUGAAUCGAGCGACAGCUAAUAAUGAUCACACAGUGGUGUCGCUGGCCUGUGCUGGGGGACAUCUCGCUGUGGUGGAGCUUCUGCUGGCACAUGGAGCUGACCCAACGCACAGGCUCAAAGAUGGUUCAACCAUGUUGAUAGAAGCUGCUAAGGGUGGCCACACUAAUGUGGUAUCCUACCUGUUGGAUUAUCCCAACAACAUCCUGUCUGUCCCAGCCCCUGAUCUGUCACAACUAACGCCUCCUUCGCAAGAUGCCUCUCAGGUUCCUCGUGUCCCAUUCCAAGCCCUCGCUAAUUUGGUACCCCCCCAGGAGCCAGACCAAGCCCCAUCAAGCAUCGCCACCCCCCCUCCCGUCUCAAGCAAGGCCAUGUCCAAGCAGAGACAAGCGGCCCUUCAGCCUAGUGUGCCCAGUGCGACUGGCCGAGGGACGGAGGCAGAUCAUCUGCCGACCUUCCACCUGUGCCAGCCUCUUGAGUGCAUUGUGGAGGAGACAGAGGGAAAGCUCAAUGAGCUUGGGCAGAGGAUUAGCGCCAUUGAAAAAGCCCAACUUCAGUCGUUAGAACUUAUUCAGGGGGAGCCACUCACCAAAGACAAGAUUGAGGAGUUGAAGAAGAGCAGAGAGGAGCAGGUUCAGAAGAAAAAGAAAAUUCUGAAGGAACUGCAGAAGGUAGAGCGCCAGCUGCAGUUAAAAACACAGCAACAGUUCACCAAAGAGUAUAUGGAGGCCAAGGGCUUGAAAGAGGAACAGGAGCCUGGGCAAAGCCAAGGCCCAGGUCCUGGACCGGGGAGUCCAACUUCCCCAAUGCUUCUUCCCACACCCCCAGGCGCCCAAGUCAACACCAGCUCUGACACGGAUGAAGAGGCCAACCGGGAUGGAGAGCAAGAGCAGCCUGCAGAGGAGGAUGAAGACUAUGAUUAUGAGGAGGAGGAGGGUUCAGACGAAGAGCCAGAUGGAGAGGAGGAUUUUGCCAAACUUCCUCAGGUGGGCACAAUUCUCUACCGGGACAGUCCACAGCCUCCACAGCAACCUCCGCUUCCUCCCUCACCUCAGACCCAGCCACAGCCCCCGCCUCCACCUCUCCAGGCGGCCUUUGUUCCUAUCCCACCCCUACCAGACUACAACCCUGCGGACUACCCAGGGAGCCCUGAGCUCCAGAGGGUACUAGUGGGACAACAGAUGCUGGGCCAGCCGCAGGGCCAGGGUCAACAGUUGGCUGGGAUUGGCCCAGGAAUGUUACCUCCACAGCCCUCCGAUGGUCUCAUGGUAGCCACACCUGCACAAACACUCACAGACACGCUGGAUGACAUUAUGGCAGCUGUGAGCAAUCGUGUACCAAUGCUGACUACUACAACUUCACCAACGCCCUUAUCCCAGCCACCCUCACAGAUGCCCGCAACCAUCUCCACACCUCCCUCUGUUUUGCCGCUGUAUCCUUCUGUCGACAUUGACGCACAUACGGAGAGUAACCAUGACACCGCGCUGACGCUGGCCUGUGCAGGAGGACAUGAAGAGCUGGUGUCUGUCCUGAUUGCUCGGGGAGCCAACAUUGAGCACCGGGACAAAAAAGGAUUCACCCCUCUCAUCCUGGCUGCCACGGCUGGUCAUGUGGGAGUGGUUGAAGUUCUCCUGGACAAAGGUGGUGACAUUGAGGCGCAGUCAGAGAGAACCAAAGACACGCCCCUCUCCCUGGCCUGCUCCGGGGGGCGACAGGAGGUGGUGGAGUUGCUGCUGCUUCGUGGAGCAAAUAAAGAGCACCGCAAUGUUUCUGACUACACACCGCUCAGCUUGGCUGCUUCUGGGGGUUAUGUCAACAUCAUUAAAAUACUACUCAAUGCUGGUGCUGAAAUUAACUCCAGAACUGGCAGUAAGCUUGGGAUCUCCCCUCUAAUGCUGGCAGCAAUGAACGGCCAUGUACCAGCUGUAAAACUGCUACUGGACAUGGGUUCUGACAUUAAUGCCCAGAUUGAGACCAAUCGAAACACUGCCUUGACCUUGGCAUGCUUUCAAGGGCGAGCUGAGGUUGUCAGCCUGCUCUUAGAUCGCAAGGCUAAUGUGGAACAUCGGGCUAAGACUGGUCUCACUCCUCUGAUGGAGGCGGCCUCUGGAGGCUAUGCUGAAGUUGGACGAGUGCUUCUGGAUAAAGGUGCUGAUGUCAAUGCUCCCCCUGUUCCCUCAUCUAGAGACACUGCCCUCACCAUUGCUGCUGACAAAGGCCACUAUAAGUUUUGUGAGCUGCUUAUCAACAGGGGUGCUCAUAUCGAUGUACGCAACAAAAAAGGGAACACGCCUCUCUGGCUCGCAGCAAAUGGCGGACAUUUUGACGUGGUUCAGCUUUUGGUUCAUGCCAGUGCUGAUGUGGAUGCAGCUGACAACCGCAAGAUCACCCCUCUGAUGGCUGCUUUUCGAAAGGGUCAUGUGAAAGUGGUACAGUAUCUUGUAAAGGAAGUCAACCAGUUCCCAUCAGACAUUGAGUGCAUGAGAUAUAUUGCCACCAUUACUGAUAAGGAGCUGUUGAAGAAGUGCCAUCAGUGCAUGGAGACCAUCGUCAAAGCCAAAGACCAACAGGCAGCUGAAGCCAACAAAAAUGCGAGCAUCCUCCUGAAAGAGCUAGACCUGGAGAAGUCGCGAGAGGAGAGCAAGAAGCAGGCCUUAGCUGCCAAGCGUGAAAAGCGCAAGGAGAAACGCAAGAAGAAGAAGGAGGAGCAGAAAAGAAAGCAAGAGGAGGAGGAGGGGCAGAAAUCCAAGGAGGAGUCUGAGAUGCUGGAUCAGAAGGAAGAUUCAGCAGAAGAAGCAGAAGUUCCCAUUGAGCCUCCAAGUGCCACCACCACCACUACAAUUGGCAUAUCGGCCACAUCCACCACAUUCACUACAGCUUUCGGUAAGAAGAGGGCAAGUGUGGCCACCACCCCAAGCACCAAUCGUAAGAACAAAAAGAACAAGACCAAGGACUCCUCUCCAAGUGAACCAAUCAUAUUACAAGAUCCACAGGUUGCACUAGCGCAGCACAAGGCUGACAAGAACAAGAUCCAUGGUGAGCCCCGGGGUGGGGGCGGGGGAGUGACGAGUGGCAACAGCGACUCAGACCCCUUGGACAGCACUGACUGUGCCAGUGAAAGCAGCAGCAGUGGUGGCAAGAGUCAGGAGCUCAACUAUCUGCCCGACUUGACUUCCUCUGCUUCGUCAUCUUCCUCCUCUUCAUCCUCCUCAGCGCCCUCUUCAGGAGCAGUGCCAUCGCAAAUUCUCCCACCAGGUCCAGAGAAAAGGCACUAUCUGCAGUCACAAGCUGAGAGUCGAAUGGACAGCAAGGUCACGGUCUCCAUCUCAAAACCAAUGCAAAAAGUUCCGGACACAAACGACUCAACCUCAAGCUCCCUUCCCUCACCAUUUAAAACCAUGGCUUUACCAGUUAACACUGCAAGCACUAAGCUAAGCCUUACAAGCCCUAAGCGCGGCCAGAAGAGAGAAGAAGGUUGGAAGGAAGUUGUCAGAAGAUCAAAAAAGCUAUCAGUUCCCGCCUCUGUGGUCUCUCGGAUUAUGGGCCGAGGAGGCUGCAACAUCACAGCGAUUCAAGAUGUGACUGGAGCUCAUAUUGAUGUGGACAAACAGAAGGACAAAAACGGGGAGAGGAUGAUUACUAUAAGGGGAGGCACAGAGUCCACCCGGUAUGCAGUCCAGCUCAUUAAUGCUCUAAUUCAAGAUCCUGCUAAAGAGCUGGAAGAUUUGAUCCCCCGAAAUCACAUCCGAGCUCCAGGCUCCAAAACAGCAGCUUCUUUCCCAAAUACAACUGGGACCACCAGUGGUUCUGCCACCAAAUCACUGAGCUCUCUGGUCACGUCUCCUGGGGUCUCGUUCCAACCUGCCUCUUCAGCCUCUUCUCAGGCUGGUGGAAAGAUUGGGAAGGUCUUGCCCUCAAAUGUCAGACAGCCUUUUCCUGUGUCUCUGCCCCUCGCUUACGCCCACCCUCAGCUCGCUCUACUCGCUGCUCAAACCAUGCACCAAAUCAGACAUCCACGUCUACCCAUGGCCCAGUUUGGUGGAACCUUCUCCCCUGCUGCCAGCACAUGGGGUCCUUUUCCUGUGCGUCCUGUGAGUCCUGGCAGUGCAAACAGCUCCCCCAAGCACAAUGGAGGAACUGGAAGCACAGCUAGCCAGCCUAGACCCAACUCGGCCCAUGGCGACCACAGCAACACAUCAACUACAGGAGCCCCCGUCACAACAACCACCACUACUACUACCAGCACUCCUAACACAUCCACAGCUGCAGCCUCUCCUCAUACCCCCAAUCCCACGUCUUACAACCCCCAACCGAGCGUACCCACACCGUCUUCUGUCCGAAAACAACUCUUCGGCCCCGACCCCAAAUCUCAAGGGGUCAACGCUGUGUCGGUCUCAGCUACGCCUCCCACUAACGUUAGCAAUGCAGUACGGGGAACAGGGUCUCCAGCACAUCACAGCUCAAAUACAACCGCUGCUAAUGCUACGCCCCAACCAGUCGGACCCAUUUCACAGCCUCCUGUUCAGGCAGUCAAAACAGACCUCGGUGCUGUUGCUACUCCUGGCAAAGACAAGCCUUCACUCCCGGUAGAGAGUCAGCCCAUUUCUGUCAGUGAGAAUAUAGCUUCGGUGGGUUUUACACCUCCUGCUUUGGCUUUAUCGGCCAAGCCAGAGCCUCGGCAACAGUUACCCACAACGCCCUCCUCUGUACCAUCCUCAGAGGCACCCCCACCCCUCCUAAACCAACAGCCCAGCUCCAGUCUCCCUUCAGCCACCGCCCCUGUUCUGUCACAUAAUAUUGCACAUCCCAACAACACUGUACCCCAUUUCUCUGCCCCUGCUCCCAGAGUCUCUCAUCGUAUGCAGCCACCAGGGCCUUACUACUCUCUUCCUGAGCAUCAGCAGGCACAGCAGCAACAACAGCAGUCUGUGUUUGUGCCAUUCAACACUCAGCCAGAGCUUACCAAACAGUCCCAAAACCAGACGUCUCAGCCUGCAGGUCUCCCUCCACAAGCCCAGGCUCCAAGCUCACUUCAGGUCUCCUCAAACCACGGGAUGAUCAAUGGUUCACAAAUGCAGCAUGUGACCAGCCCAGGCAAACCGCAACAGAUCACAAACUUUGGUCCGGCUGGCCUCUUCAAUUUCAGCAGCAUCUUUGAUAACAACAGCCAGGUGGGAAACAAUCAAGUGUGGAGCCAUCUGCCUGCUCGAUCUCCACCAGAGCAGUCGUACUCUGCUCCACCAAAUUACAUGGCCAUGGGACAAAUGGACAGUAUGAUUCCCCAACCUCCUCCAGACAACUCCAAAGCCCCUGGCUACCGCUCCACCUCCCAGAGGAUGGUCAACAGCCCCAUUGCUUUGGCGAGCUAUACCACCAAUCCUGUGUAUCUGCAUGGACAUACCGCAGUGGGUGCUCCUUCCUUCAGCAGACAGCACUUUUCCCCUCAUCCAUGGAGUGCGUCAUCAGGUAGUGACUCCCCUGUUCCUCCGCCCUCUACUGUGUCAUCCUCUGCACUGUCCACAUCGGUGGUGGCCCCUCCUCCACAGCCCAAACCGGGCAGCACAUCGCAGCAGGAUCGGAAGGUGCCCCCACCCAUUGGGACAGAGAGGUUGGCUCGGAUUCGGCAAACAGGGUCAGUGAACCAACCCCUCCUCACCACCAAUUACACUGCGUCUGUUGGACAGGGAGGCAUCUGGUCAUUUGGUGUUGGCAGCGCUUCGGAGGCUAUGUCCGGCUGGUCACAGCCACUUAUGAACAGUCACAUGAUGCAUCCUCAGCUGCAAGCGGAACAGUCGGCCUUUUCUCAACACCAGCCGAUGGAGCAGGAUGAUACUGGCAUCGCCAACCCAGCAAACAACUUCCACCAUCCACAGCAUAUGCCGAACAAUUACAUCCCUGACUUCCCUAAGGGUAUACCAAUAUCAAUGUAUGGAGGAACCAUGCUGCCCCCUCAUGCACCCAUGGCGGAGGGGCCAGGAGGAGCAAUGUACAACGGUUUGCACACUGGUGACCCUGCAUGGAAUCCCAUAAUCAAAGUGGUCCCGAAUAAUGCAGAUAACUCUGACCCACAGCAGCAGGUGUGGCCUGGUACCUGGGCACCUCAUCUGGGCAACGUGCAUCUGAACCACGUCAAUUAGGCAGCGUCCACAGCAAUCAAACGAAGCAUGACUGGCAACGCAAGAGUGAAAAAUAAACUUGACAAAAUAUGACAGAUUAAGACAAAGCUAAAAAAUACUACAGUGACAAACUAACUUGUGACUUACGAGUGCAGAGCAGGAGGUUAAAAGAAUUGGAAGGUCUCAUGACGCCAUUCUUUGAUGUGCCUAUCUCCACAAGGAACAACAGAGUUGGGCAAGAGCUGUUUUCAGUGUCCCAAUGAUUCAAGCAAACUUGUGCGAUCAACUGUUAAACAGGAUCCAUUUUCUGCGUAGUUUAGUGAUUUUGACUUAAACCCACCAACACCUUUCUUGGGCUUAAGGGGCUCAACAUGAAGUAGCUAUUUAAUGGCCCAAAACUAGAUGAUUACCUGAGGAGAACGAGAAAUCAAAACCUUUUAGAGUGGUAAAUACAUGUAUAAUUGUUUACAUACUAAAAAGGGUUAAAAUGAGAGUAAAUUUCAUGUCGUAUAGUGGCUCUACUUUAUGUAGCCUGUAUUAAUGUGAAAUAUUUACCUUAAUAUUCAAAUAAAAGAUUGAAAAGUA